AGGGUGGGGGACACAAGGCGUGCUUUGUCGGGGAGGGGGGAAGAGGGUGUGCCAGCCUGUGGGCGGGGCCGGCUGGAGGAGGAAAGCGGGGGCGGCUGAUUCUCAAAGGCGCCUUGUUCGCUUGCGCCCUCCUAGCGCCAGCGGGCGGCGGCGCCUGGGCUCGCUCCUGUCUUCUCCCGCCGCGCCGCGGGCUCCCGGCAGACCGGGCGCCGUGCCCGUCUGUGGGGGCUCUCCGGGCUCUGAGCGCCCUGGCCUCCUCGGGCUUUGCUCGCCCAGAGUCGGCCUCUCGUCCCUGAGUAACCCUGUUUCCCUGCGCUCUUCCAACGAGCUUCGACGGCCCCCUCAUCUCCCCGCUGCGUCCCUUGUCACCUGGGCUUCCGGACUCCCUGGCCUCGCCCCACCCCCCAUUCCCCCCCCCUUCCCCGUUUUCAUCUCAUUGGACCUGAUUAGCCUGCGUGUGUCGGGCUGUCCAGUCUCUGGCGGUAUCUUCCCCCACGCCGGGUCCCUCUGCCUCCCCUGUAACCACCUGCCCCCCUCACCCCGCCCUGCCCCUUGCAGCCGUCGGGUAGCAGGUUCCCAGUCGCUAUCUAUAGCCUAGUCUAUAAAUACCCCCGCCCCAGGCCGGCUCUGUAAUUACACUGGGCGGGGCGAGGGGAAGUAAUUAUGGAGACCUGAUGGGGGGGGAGGUAGAGACCCCCCCCCCCAGGCCCGCCUCUCCCCUCCCACUGUGCCCUAAGUCCCUCCCGGGACAGCUGAAAAGGGGCUCUGGGCCCCCAGGUGGGAGGGAAUUGGGGUGGGGGCUUUGAUUGGACCCUGAGUCCUAGAAAAGAAAGCGGCAAGGGAAGAGAUACCGGGGUUCCCGAAAAGCUUUGGGGCGUUCUGCGCCUCUGGCCGCCCGUAGGUCCCUGGGACCCGGUGUUCGGGUCGCCAGCCAUGGAGCGAUGUAGCCACUGCCAUCGCCUCCUCCUGCUGGUACCGCUGGUGCUGGGGCUGAGCGCGGUCCCCGCCAGGGCAGGUACACCGCCUGUGGAUGUGCUCCGGGCCCUGAGGUUCCCCUCCCUUCCUGAUGGCGUCCGGAGGGCAAGAGGCAUCUGUCCAGCUGAUGUGGCCUACCGAGUAUCCCGUCCUGCCCAGCUCAGUGCACCCACCCGCCAGCUCUUCCCAGGAGGUUUUCCCAAAGAUUUCUCAUUGCUGACUGCUGUCCGGACCCGCCCUGGCCUCCAGGCUCCCCUCCUGACUCUCUACAGUGCCCAGGGUGUCCAACAGCUGGGCCUGGAGCUUGGCCGACCAUUCCGCUUCCUGUAUGAGGACCAGACUGGACAGCCUCGACCCCCAGCUCAGCCAGUCUUCAGAGGCCUCAGCCUAGCAGAUGGCAAGUGGCACCAUGUGGCUGUGGCUGUGAAGGGCCAGUCUGUCACCCUCAUAGUUGACUGCAAGAAGCGGGUCACCCGGCCUCUCCCCCGAAGUGCUCGCCCACUGUUGGACACUCAUGGAGUGAUUAUCUUUGGUGCCCGCAUCCUGGAUGAAGAAGUGUUUGAGGGUGACAUCCAGGAGCUUGUCAUUGCCCCAGGGGUGCAAGCUGCCUACGAAUCCUGUGAACAGAAGGAGCUGGAGUGUGAAGGAGCUUGGAGGGAGAGACCUCAGAAACAACAGUCUCACAGGGCCCAGAGAUCUCCAAAGCAGCAGCCAUCAAGACUUCAUAGGCCACAAAACCAGGAACCUCAGCGACAGCCCACUGAGUCUUUCUACUAUGACUACGAGACCCCUUAUUACGAUGUGAUGACUGCAGGGACAACCCCUGAUUAUCAGGACCCCACCCCAGGUGAAGAGGAAGGAAUCCUGGAAUCGAGCCCCUUGCCACCCCCUGAGGAGGAGCAGACAGAUCUCCAGGUCCCCUCCACAGCCGACAGGUUCCUGACAGAGGAAUAUGGGGAGGGUGGCACAGACCCCCCAGCAGGGCCCUACGAUUACACCUAUGGCUAUGGGGACGAUUAUCGUGAGGAGACGGAACUUGGCCCUGCCCUGUCUGCGGAGACAGCCCCCUCGGGAGCCGCUGCCCGUGGACCCCGGGGGCUGAAGGGAGAGAAGGGGGAGCCUGCGGUGCUGGAACCUGGUAUGCUAGUAGAGGGGCCUCCUGGCCCAGAAGGCCCUGCGGGGUUGAUUGGUCCCCCUGGCAUCCAGGGCAACCCAGGCCCAGUUGGAGACCCUGGUGAGAGGGGCCCCCCUGGCCGAGCAGGGCUCCCUGGAUCGGAUGGGGCCCCUGGCCCUCCUGGCACAUCUCUCAUGCUUCCAUUCCGGUUUGGCAGUGGUGGGGGUGACAAGGGCCCUGUGGUGGCAGCCCAGGAGGCUCAGGCCCAGGCAAUUCUGCAGCAGGCACGGCUGGCGCUCCGGGGACCCCCUGGCCCCAUGGGAUACACAGGCCGCCCUGGACCCUUGGGACAACCUGGGAGCCCUGGCCUGAAAGGAGAAUCAGGAGACCUAGGACCUCAGGGCCCCAGAGGACCUCAAGGUCUCACAGGCCCUCCUGGCAAGGCUGGGCGAAGGGGCCGAGCAGGUGCUGAUGGAGCCCGAGGGAUGCCUGGAGAACCUGGAGUGAAGGGUGACCGAGGUUUUGAUGGACUCCCAGGGCUCCCUGGGGAGAAGGGACACCGGGGUGAUACUGGUGCCCAGGGCCUUCCUGGACCCCCUGGUGAGGAUGGAGAGCGGGGAGAUGAUGGGGAGAUUGGGCCUCGGGGACUGCCUGGAGAGUCGGGACCUCGAGGUCUCCUUGGCCCUAAAGGCCCACCUGGUAUUCCUGGGCCCCCGGGAGUCCGAGGCAUGGAUGGUCCCCAUGGUCCCAAAGGGAGCUUGGGACCCCAGGGAGAGCCAGGACCUCCUGGACAACAGGGCACUCCUGGAACCCAGGGUCUCCCCGGGCCCCAGGGUGCCGUUGGGCCUCAUGGAGAGAAGGGUCCUCGAGGAAAACCAGGGCUUCCUGGCAUGCCUGGCUCCGACGGGCCUCCGGGUCACCCUGGAAAGGAAGGUCCUCCUGGAACCAAAGGAAACCAGGGCCCAUCUGGACCUCAGGGUCCCCUAGGAUACCCAGGACCUCGAGGUGUCAAGGGUGUGGAUGGAAUUCGUGGUCUGAAGGGUCAUAAGGGUGAAAAGGGCGAGGACGGUUUUCCCGGGUUCAAAGGGGACAUGGGCGUGAAAGGUGACAGGGGAGAGGUUGGAGUUCCUGGUUCUAGGGGAGAAGAUGGUCCCGAGGGGCCGAAGGGACGCACUGGACCCACUGGAGACCCUGGCCCCCCCGGGCUCAUGGGUGAAAAGGGCAAGCUGGGUGUUCCUGGUCUGCCUGGCUAUCCUGGACGCCAGGGUCCCAAGGGGUCCCUGGGAUUUCCUGGUUUUCCUGGUGCCAGUGGAGAGAAGGGAGCCCGGGGCCUGUUGGGGAAGUCAGGGCCUCGGGGAGAGCGGGGCCCCACGGGUCCACGGGGUCAGCGGGGACCCCGAGGUGCCACGGGGAAGUCUGGCGCUAAGGGAACAUCAGGUGGUGAUGGCCCUCAUGGCCCCCCCGGAGAAAGGGGUCUCCCUGGACCUCAAGGCCCCAGUGGAUUUCCUGGUCCCAAAGGACCUCCGGGUCCCCCUGGGAAGGAUGGGCUGCCGGGACACCCAGGCCAGAGAGGGGAAGUGGGUUUCCAAGGGAAGACUGGCCCCCCUGGCCCUCCAGGGGUGGUGGGACCUCAGGGAGCAGCAGGAGAAACUGGGCCCAUGGGGGAGAGGGGUCACCCGGGCCCCCCAGGCCCCCCGGGAGAGCAGGGACUGACUGGAACAGCUGGAAAAGAAGGAACAAAGGGUGACCCUGGUCCCCCAGGGGCUCCAGGGAAGGAUGGACCUGCUGGUCUGAGGGGCUUCCCAGGAGAGAGAGGCCUCCCCGGCACUGCUGGUGGAUCUGGCUUGAAGGGAAAUGAAGGUCCGGCGGGUCCCCCUGGCCCUGCAGGCUCCCCUGGGGAGCGAGGUGCAGCAGGAUCGGGGGGACCCAUUGGCCCCCCAGGGCGCCCAGGCCCACAGGGUCCCCCUGGAGCUGCAGGAGAGAAAGGUGUCCCGGGUGAGAAGGGCCCCAUUGGUCCAACUGGUCGAGACGGGGUGCAGGGUCCUGUGGGGCUUCCUGGUCCUGCUGGACCCCCCGGUGUGGCAGGAGAGGAUGGAGACAAGGGUGAGGUGGGAGACCCCGGACAGAAGGGCACUAAAGGGAACAAGGGUGAACAUGGCCCUCCUGGACCCCCUGGACCCCUUGGUCCUGUGGGGCAGCCUGGAGCCUCGGGAGCAGAUGGGGAGCCCGGAGCUCGGGGACCCCAGGGACACUUUGGAGCCAAAGGUGAUGAAGGAACGAGAGGAUUCAAUGGGCCCCCAGGACCCAUUGGCCUACAGGGUUUGCCAGGCCCCUCGGGUGAGAAGGGAGAAACAGGAGAUGUGGGCCCUAUGGGACCACCCGGCCCCCCAGGACCUCGAGGCCCAGCUGGACCCAAUGGAGCUGAUGGUCCGCAAGGUCCCCCGGGAGGUGUUGGGAACCUAGGUCCCCCUGGAGAGAAGGGGGAGCCGGGAGAGUCAGGCUCUCCAGGGGUCCAGGGUGAGCCCGGUGUCAAGGGCCCACGCGGGGAGCGUGGAGAGAAAGGAGAGUCGGGGCAACCAGGAGAGGCAGGACCACCAGGGCCUAAAGGCCCCACCGGUGAUGAUGGCCCCAAAGGGAACCCUGGUCCCGUUGGUUUUCCUGGUGAUCCUGGCCCUCCUGGAGAAGGUGGCCCUCGGGGCCAGGAUGGUGCGAAGGGUGACCAAGGAGAGGAUGGAGAGCCAGGACAGCCUGGAUCCCCUGGUCCCACUGGGGAGAAUGGACCUCCUGGACCACUUGGAAAGCGGGGUCCUGCCGGCACCCCUGGUCCUGAGGGGCGGCAAGGAGAGAAGGGAGUCAAGGGGGAUCCCGGUGCUGUGGGUGCCCCAGGGAAGACAGGCCCUGUGGGUCCAGCAGGCCCAGCAGGGAAACCUGGUCCUGAUGGUCUAAGGGGACUCCCAGGCUCAGUGGGUCAGCAAGGCCGUCCUGGGGCCACAGGCCAGGCGGGACCUCCAGGUCCUCUGGGACCCCCGGGACUUCCUGGCCUGCGAGGUGAUGUUGGAGCCAAGGGUGAGAAGGGUCACCCAGGUCUCAUCGGGCUGAUUGGGCCCCCUGGGGAGCAGGGAGAGAAGGGUGACCGGGGACUUCCUGGCCCUCAGGGCUCUGCUGGACAGAAGGGAGAGACGGGUAUCCCCGGAGCAUCUGGCCCUAUUGGUCCUGGAGGGCCUCCCGGCCUCCCUGGACCUGCUGGCCCCAAAGGAGCCAAAGGAGCCACAGGCCCAGCUGGACCCAAGGGAGAGAAGGGCGUCCAGGGUCCUCCAGGACACCCGGGCCCCCCCGGCGAGGUGAUCCAGCCCUUGCCCAUCCAGAUGCCCAAGAAGACUCGGCGCUCCGUGGAUGGAAGCCGCCUGAUGCAGGAGGAUGAGGCCAUGCCGACUGGGGGGGCUCCGGGCAGUGCUGGGGGGCUGGAGGAGAUCUUUGGCUCCCUCGACUCCUUGCGGGAGGAGAUUGAGCAGAUGAGGUGGCCGACAGGGACCCAGGACAGCCCCGCUCGCACCUGCCAGGACCUGAAGCUCUGCCAUCCGGAGCUGCCCGACGGAGAGUACUGGGUGGACCCCAACCAGGGCUGUGCUCGGGAUGCCUUCCGGGUUUUCUGCAACUUUACAGCCGGAGGGGAAACAUGUGUGACACCCAGAGAUGAUGUCACGCAAUUCUCUUACGUCGACUCAGAAGGCUCCCCAGUCGGUGUGGUGCAGCUCACCUUCCUGCGGCUGCUCAGUGUCUCAGCCCAUCAGGAUGUCUCCUACCCCUGCUCUGGGAUGGCCCAAGGUGGUCCCCUGAAGCUCCGGGGGGCCAAUGAGGAUGAGCUGAGCCUGGAGACCAGCCCCUAUGUCAAGGAAUUCAGAGAUGGCUGUCAGACACAGCAAGGCCGGACAGUGCUAGAGGUGCGGACACCCGUGCUGGAGCAGCUACCAGUGCUGGAUGCCUCCUUCUCAGAUCUGGGGGCCCCCCCACGGCGGGGAGGGGUGCUGCUGGGGCCUGUCUGCUUCAUGGGCUAGGACCUGCUCAGUCUAACCCCAUGCACCAAAACCAGGCACACCUGGAAUCCCACAGCGUUAGCUCUGUGUCGCCUCCCAAGAGGGCUCCUCACCAUCUAGGGGGCUUUGGGCCAGGGCACGAAGAGCCCCCAGUCAGGGGCAGACCAGGGGAGGGGUAAAGCGUGAGCCGGGCGCCCCAGGGGAGGGGGGGCAUCUGGGGUUCUUGGCCUUCCCACCUGGAGCCCGUGACCUGUUAGACAGCUGGGACCCUUAUUUAAAACUCACCUCCCAACCACCCCCAAACAAGCAGAAGAGAAGAGAAAGGACACUGUGUAUUUUGUAUUUAAAAGUAAUUAUAUUAAUUAUUUAAAGAAUGGAGAACAAAAGAACAAAAAAAGAUAAAGAGAGAAAUGCCAACAAAAAUUAGCAGACUUUGGAGACAGGGCUCUCCAAGGGUGAGCCCCAGCCCCCUCCUCCUUGCCUCAGGGCUUUCCUCAGUGACUGUGGGGGGACAUUUUCAGGCCAAACCCCACCUCCCUCACAGCCCGCCUGUAUAACCCACUGUGAAUGUUGGAAUAUAUGGUCUCCUUUGCCUCAGGGUCUGACUCUCUCUGCCCAGGGUGGGGCUUCCCCUGCUCCGCCUUCCAGGUGUUGGGCUCCCUGACCCACGCACCAUCUGUCUCUCACUUGGUCUGGGGCUUGCAGGAACUGCCUGCAACUUGGGGAGCGGGCCACAUCUCCCCGGGGGUCGGGGGAAACGGAAGGGUGAGGGGUGAGAGCAGGGCCUGUAUUCAGCACUGUUGAAAUAUGGAAAUUCGUCCUUAUCAGCUUGUCAAUCCCAUGGCUCUGAGACCCCCAGUAUCCCACUGCCUUCCUGGCCACCCCGGUCCCACCCCUGAGCGCCCCCUCACCUUCGCUGAUACCGCUAUGGAAAGGUUAAUGUGUGGCGUCUGAAUGGAAGGGACUCCCAGGACCUUGUCUAGCCCUACGAGCAGUGUCCUUUCUGACUGAUGGUUAAAUAAUGUGAUCUCCUU